UCUCAGGUCAGGUGAUCCCGGGAGCGAGCAGCUGGGAAACCCUCGGAAUCGUUCGCCAUCAAACGACGACGAGAGACGAGCGGCAACUGUCAGCACAGGCAGCACACACCGACACAUCCACAACGAACCGACACACACGCACACACGUAUAAACACCCCGGCUAAGGACGUGUUUUGGCCCCCCCGACAAGACCACCAGCAAUGGGCGACCGCGUAGCGUUACUGCUGCUGGCUCUGGCGACUUCUGCUCUGGCUCUGGAGGUGCCUACCGACGUGUCCAUGGGCCUGCUGGCCGAGCCCCAGGUGGCCAUGUUCUGCGGGAAGCUGAACAUGCACGUCAACGUGCAGAGUGGCAAGUGGGAGCACGACCCCUCGGGCACCAAGAGCUGCAUCGCCAACAAGGAGGGCAUCCUCGAGUACUGCCAGGAGGUGUACCCUGAGCUCCAGAUCACCAACGUGGUGGAAGCCAACCAGCCGGUCGGCAUCCCGAACUGGUGCAAGAAGGGCCACAAGCAGUGCCACCGUCACCUGCACAUCGUGGUGCCCUACCGCUGCCUGGUCGGUGAGUUCGUGAGCGACGCCCUGCUGGUUCCGGACAAGUGCAAGUUCCUGCACCAGGAGCGCAUGGACCAGUGCGAGAGCCACCUACACUGGCACACCGUCGCCAAGGAGUCCUGCGGCGACCGCACCAUGAAUCUCCAUGACUACGGGAUGCUGUUGCCGUGCGGCAUCGACCGUUUCCGCGGGGUGGAGUUUGUGUGCUGCCCGGCGGAAGAGGAGCGCGACGCCGACAGCGCCGAGCGGGACGGGGACGACUCCGACGUCUGGUGGGGCGGGGCCGAGGCCGACUACUCUGACAACAGCAUGGUGCGUGAGCCGGUGCAGCCCCCCCAGCAGCAGCCCCAGCAGCCCAAGGCGGAGGAGAAGGCGGUGGAGGACGAGGAGCUGAGCCGGCGCUCCUGGGAGAGCGACAAGAAGGAGGAGGAGGCGGCCACGCUGGACGAGUACCUGGCGGGCGUCAAGGACAACGGCGAGGAGGAGACGGUGCUGGACAACGACCGCGACGGGGACGGUGACGUGGACGUCGCCGUGGACACCCCCGCCGCGGCGGCGACCGUCGUCGAGGACAACAACGCCAAGGACGAGGACGCGGAGAACGACGACGACGAAGAGUACGAGGACGAAGAGGACGCCGGCGCCGACGGCGAGGGCGCCUACAUGAACGGGGACGAGGACGACGAGGACGAGGACGAUGAAGACGACGAGCCCACCACUAAUGUCGCCAUGACGACCACCACCACCACCACCACCACCACCGAGUCCAUUGAGGAGGUUGUCCGAGAGGUGUGUCUGGCCAGCGCGGAGACCGGUCCGUGCCGUGCCAUGCUGCCCCGCUGGUACUUUGACCGCGAGGAGGGCCGCUGUGCCCAGUUUAUCUACGGCGGCUGCGGCGGCAACAGGAAUAACUUUGACUCCGAGGAGUACUGCCUCUCGGUCUGCAACAGCGUCCUGCCCACUGCCUCCCCCACCACCCCCGACGCCGUGGACCACUACCUGGAGUCUGCCGGGGACGACAACGAGCACGCCCACUUCCAGAAGGCCAAGGAGAGCCUGGAGGCCAAGCACCGCGACCGCAUGGCCCAGGUGAUGAGGGAGUGGGACGACGCAGAGAAGGAGGCAAAGAGUCUUCAGCGCUCCGACAAGAAAGCCGUCAUCCAGCGUUUCCAGGACAAGGUAGACUCCUUGGAGCAGGAGGCGGCCAGCGAGCGGCAGCAGCUGGUGGAGACCCACAUGGCCCGCGUGGAGGCGCUGCUCAACGACCGGCGCCGCCUGGCCCUGGAGAGCUACCUCACCUCCCUGCAGCAAGAGCCCCCCAAGCCCCGCCACGUGUUCAGCCUGCUGAAGAAGUACGUGCGCGCCGAGCAGAAGGACCGCCAGCACACCCUCAAGCACUUUGAGCACGUCCGCAUGAUGGACCCCAAGAAGGCCGCCCAGAUCCGACCCCAGGUGCUGACCCACCUGCGUGUGAUCGAGGAGCGUAUGAACCAGUCCCUGGGCCUCCUGUACAAGGUGCCCGGGGUGGCCGACGACAUCCAGGACCAAGUCGAGCUGCUCCAGCGGGAGCAGGCAGAGAUGGCCCAGCAGCUGGCCAACCUGCAGACGGACGUGCGGGUGAGCUACGGCAACGACGCCCUGAUGCCGGACCAGGAGGCGGGGGGACCCGGCGAGGGGGCCCAGGGGGGGCUGGACCUGCUGGCCCAGGAGGACUACAUGGACCUGGGCCGCGGCGUGGGCUACGUGCACCCCGAGAGCUUCAACAACCAGGCCAACACGCAGAACCAGGUUGAACCUGUGGACAGCCGCCCCAACAUCGAGAGAGGACAGCCCACACGACCAGUGACAGGGAUGAAGAUGGAGGUUGUCCCUGAGCUGAGGAUGGAGAAGGAGGAUCGACAGACCGACUUUGAGGUCCACCACCAGAAACUGGUGUUCUUCGCUGAGGACGUGGGCUCCAACAAGGGCGCCAUCAUCGGGCUGAUGGUCGGGGGCGUUGUCAUAGCGACCAUCAUCGUCAUCACCCUGGUGAUGCUGAGGAAGAAGCAGUACACCUCCAUCCACCACGGAGUCAUCGAGGUGGACGCUGCAGUCACCCCUGAAGAACGCCACCUCUCCAAGAUGCAGCAGAACGGCUACGAGAACCCAACCUACAAGUUCUUUGAGCAGAUGCACAACUAGGACUCACAACAACGUCCCCCACACACACACACACACACACACACACACACCUAACACAAAUUCAUCCAUAACCCCCAAACCCCACCUGCACCCCCCCCAAAACCUCACCCAACCCCCGGCCCUGACCUUGAGUUUCCCGCCUCUUCGCUCCCCUCCAAAACGACCACCACAGUUGUAGUUUUUAUCUCCUUUAUAACGGCAACCAUAGUUGUAGUUUUUGUGUCCGAGAAGGUUCAGGUAAAACUACAACUGCAGUUGUUAGUUGGAGAUGGGAAUUGUAGUUUUAUGCUGCCGUCGGGUGAACUACAACUACGCUUGUAGUCUGGAGAAGGGAGUUGUAGUUUUUGCCAAUGAGUGGAUAAAAAUAGUUAUUUUUGAGGAUCUGUUGCAGUUGAUGACUCUUGUUUUAUUUUUCCUUUUUAUUGAACCCUGGGUCUCUUAACCACUAAUGUGUGCGUUCAGCAUUUGGGGAUUAGAGGAAAAUAAACACCAACACACGUUAUCGUUUAGCCUUUUCCCACGUGGCUUGAUGAAAAUGAAAGAGUGAAGGAGGUAAGGGACAAGAAAAGCGUUUGACGGACGGUGAGAGAGAAGUUUUACGAUGAAUACCAGCAGUGGUCGACAGUUUCCUCUCAAACAUGCUAAUUGGGAACAACCCUGACGUAAAUCUCGACACAACGACGUACACAGUCCUGUGCACGUUGUUCGUGUUCUUCGCGACGACGCAAACACCACAAACAAAAUGGCUGCCGUUGUUCCUAUUAAGAGACACGCAUACAAAGUUACUGCACAUCCCCCGCUCCCUUGCACUGCGACACCACAAACACCAACACUACAACUGCUGCAACGGCACUGCAGUCCACACGCCCGAGACCUCCAGCGCGUGGACUCCAGUAUACCCCUCCCUCACUCCCUCCCUCCCUCUCCCCCCUCCCUCCUCCCUCCCGGUCCUUCUCAUUUCUCCGGACCGCUGGGCGGGCUCACGUCACUGGGGACUCUAAGGGUCAACGCUAGAUGAGGAAGAUGCGAUGUGGUAACGAGACGUGUUUCCGAAAAAACUGGUUUUGAUCAUUUUCGUUUUAUUUGCAUUUUUACUUCUCUUUUUUCGGGUGGGGGAGAUUUCGUUUUUUUAUUGGAAAGGGAGUGAGGAGGGAGGGAAAGAAGGGAGAGAGAGAGAGAGAGAGAGGGAUAGCGGAUGUAUUGUUGAUUUCCAUUUUUUGGUUUUUUAUCGCGUUUUAUGUACCGGGGGAAUGCCGAAAUCAUAGCCGUUUCUACGUAGUGCAUGACGUGAUGACGGGAAACGGGAUUUCGGAAUCGGAAACAAAAAAAGAGGAAGACGAUGGGGAGGAGGAGGGGGAGUAAGAUAUCCGUGACGGGGCUCAUGUCGAGUGCCGUCCUCACCUAUAGAUUGUCAUACUUAGCAAGAUUGUACAUUUUAAUAUCUUUCUCGUGAUUGCGUGAACUUCAGAACAAUGGUUUCAACGACAAAAUAAAAAAUAUAUCUUAAUCUCAAAAAACGAACAAGCUUGAUAUCACGUUAAAUACACUUAAAAAGAGAGAUCUCUUUUUUGCUUUUUUUUGGAAUUGUACAUUUUUAUAGCCUAUUUUACGUUCAUGUUUUUACCGUUCUGUUUCCUCUGUGCGACGGGGGGGGGGGAGGCCGCUAGUAGGCCCGACUAUAUUAUCCUUAAUCUCAGAAAUGCAUUGUGCUGAUGAAAUAUCUUUUAAGCUUUUUCGAACAAUGUCACUUAUUUAAGUUGUUGCAUUUUUUGAGUGGCAUUUUCCAUUCCAGUCUCGUGUACUAUUGUUUUUUACGGGCUUGUGCUUUCGGCUUGUGUAUAGAGGGGCGGGGGAGAAAGGGGUUUGGGGGGAAAUGAUCUGACAUAUGGAAAGACAAGAAGGAGGGGGGAGGGGGGGAAAUGAAAAUUGUGUCGUUGUGUGUUUGUUUUCUCCCAACGUUGUAAUGAGGUUCGUCCAAGUCUGUGUGUCUGUUUUUUCUUUUUCCAAAAUAAACCAAUGCGUUCUGUGAUCUGCCCACACUCAUUUGCCAAAAUGUGUGUUCAUGGGUUAACGUAAUGAGUAGUGGGUUAUUUGAUUGUAUUUACUUUUUCUGCAAUCGACCACCUUUUAGGUGUGGUGACUUCGCCAGGACGACCAUCAUCGUACGACCACCACUUUAUUCUCUAACGCAUGGCCAUUAAACAUCAAAUAAAAUAAAUGUACGAGGGGUGCAGUAGCGACAUCCAGUGGUGAGAGUCUGAAGUGGCUGGAGGAAUAAAUAGCCAAUAUCCACGCAGAAUCCACGUACGCGCCAACAGCCUAUUGUCUCUUUAACAAGUCUAAGACAAACGAUCGCUUCCGUGAUCUGAUCCCCCACACUAGAAAUCAAGUCUUGAUAAAUGAUAAGAUAACCCGUUGUUUUUUUGUGAAAUCAUUUCUAUUCAGGAUGCAGUGGGACGAGUCUUAUUGCCUUGUUCAUCAGAACAAGGGUGAUAUUGACUUGCCCUGCAGAGGGCAGCCGAGUUCAAGAUAAAGCAGGAUUUUCUUUGUCUUUUCUUUUUUGUGUGGCUAUUAUAUUUUUUUCCACCGUGUAAAAUUGUGCAGGUCAUUUGCAUUGACUGGAAAAAUGCUUUCUACACAUUAUUCCACAAUAAAGUUUUGAAUGUACAUAUGGAUAA